CAUAGCAAGCAGAGCGCCGGCAAGCCGCUGCCGCCAAAGCGCACCAAAGCGUCGCCGACGAGGAGUCCCAGUUCCCCUGGACGCCCUGGACGCCCUGGACGCCCUGGAACCGCUUUGUCUAGCUUAGUCGCUCGGUGGCCGGUCGGCGAGGUGCACGCUUCGGCGAUACCCCGCGCCUCACGGCAACGACAGGUGCCGUCGUGUCGUUACUCCGCGCUCCGGGUGCCUGCCGCCUCCCCGGCCCACCCCUUGCAGCCAGCGUUGCGGGGUGUAGCGACGAUUUGGAUACUUCGCCGCCGUCCGCGCUCCUGGAGCCGAGGACACCGCCGGCACCGCCAUGCCGGCCAAGGGCAUCUUCGUGUACUGGAGGUCCAUGGUGGUCGUCUUCACGCCCCUCAUCCUCCUGCCGCUGCCGCUGCUCUACCCCGGCAGCACGGAGGCCCGGGCGGCGUACGGCGUGCUGCUGCUGGCCGUCUUCUGGGUGUCCGAGGUGGUGCCGCUCGCCGUCACCUCGCUGCUCCCCGUCGUCCUCUUCCCCGUGCUCGGUGUGCUGUCCACCGAGCAGGUCUGCGUGUCCUACCUCAAGGAGACCAACAUGAUGUUCGUCGGCGGCCUGAUCGUCGCGAUCGCCGUGGAGCACUGCAACCUGCACAAGAGGAUCGCCCUGCGCGUUAUGAUGCUCAUCGGGGCCAGCCCGCGCAGGCUGAUGCUGGGCUUCAUGAUCCCCACCAUGUUCCUGUCCAUGUGGAUCUCCAACACGGCCACCACCGCCAUGAUGGUGCCCAUCGUGUCCGCCGUCCUGGACGAGUUGAAGGCACAAGAAGUGGAGAACUCCCGCAGGCCCUCGGUGCUCAGCAGUGCCACCAGUCGACACGACAGCGGCACCUUCGACCAGGAGACGCGCAGAAAGUCCCUCGGCAGGGUGGAGAUGAACAAACUGCCGCGGCCGUCGCAGGAGUCGGUGGCCUACUACCUGGGGGUGGCGUACGCCGCCAACAUCGGCGGGACGGGCACCCUCACGGGCACCGCCACGAACCUCACGUUCAAAGGCCUUUACGAGAGCCUGUUUCCAGACCUCCACGACCUCAACUUCGCCAACUGGAUGAUCUUCAACGUGCCCCUCAUGCUGAUCAACGCCAUCGUGGCCUGGCUGUGGCUGCAGGUGCUCUACAUGGGGCUCUUCAGGAAGGCCGGCAGGAGGAUGACCAAGACCCGGGAGCAGCUCCAGGCCGUGGAGGAGGUGAUCGCCGCCAAGUACCGCGAGCUGGGCCCCAUGACCUUCCACGAGGGCUCCGUCAUGUCGCUGUUCGUCGCCGUCGUGCUCCUCUGGUUCUUCCGCGCGCCCGAGUUCAUUCCCGGCUGGGCCGAAUACGUGUCCGACGUGAAGAUCAAGGACGCCACGCCCGCCGUGCUCAUCGUGUUCCUGCUGUUCGUCCUCCCCGCCAACCUCGACUUCCUCAGAAACAGAGGCUCGGGCAAGGCGACGGCCGCGCUGCUCAACUGGAAGAUCGUCCACGAGAAGCUGCCCUGGGGCCUGGUGCUGCUCAUCGGCGGCGGCUUCGCCAUGGCCUCGGCGUCCAGGGAGUCCGGCCUCAACAAGCUGAUCGGCGCGCAGCUCGUCACGCUGCAGGGCUCCAUGUCCUCCACCGCCAUCCUGGUCGUCAUGUGCACGGCGGCGACGUUCCUCACCGAGGUGUCCUCCAACACGGCCAUCGCCAACAUCGUGCUGCCCGUCCUGGCUGAGACGGCCUCCGCCAUGGAGGUGCACCCCCUCUACUUCAUGAUCCCCGCCACGCUCUGCUGCUCGUACGCCUUCAUGCUCCCCGUCGCCACGCCCCCCAACGCCAUCGUCAUGGCGGCCUCCAACAUGCGGCCCAGCGACAUGAUUAAGGCCGGCAUGGGCAUGAACGUGCUGUGCCUCGUCACGCUCUUCAUCGUGUUCCCCACGCUCGGCAGCUGGCUGUACGGCCUGGACGUCUUCCCCCCCGAGGCCGCGCACAUCGGUGUGCAGAGCAGGAUGUGAGCCCUGCAGCCGCCUAGCGGGCUCAACAGUGUCUUCAUCGCUCUGUAUCUCUCACACCCCUACCGACGCCCCGUGAGUGCGAGAGAGGCAGGGCGAUGAACGCCCAGUGCGAUUCAGCUUCAGGCGGUUUGGCCUUUGCACCACCCUCUAGUCGCACGGCAUCACGCGCCAAACGUUUCGUACAAAAAGAGAGAGAAAAUCAAGCAAUCUCACGUGGUGUCGUGAAACUAAACAAAUUUUAAAUGUAUAUUAAUUAGGACAAUUGAUAAAUUUAAAGUAAAAAUAGCUUUAGUACUGUAAGAUUUGCACUGAGUUUGUAGUAAGAUCUAUAGAUUGCGCUGCACAGCAGCGCGCGUCUGAAACCAAAGUAUACGAUAGUCAUAUCAUAGUACGUAGUUGAAGCUAGAAUGUGGCUGCAGCAGCGAAGGCAGAGCCAGUGCCACACUAUUUAAACAGCGUCACAAUGUGAUGCUUUCCUGUGCUGCGCACAGGCCCGAAGUCGAGACCAGCUUGUGUCCGCAGCACCAGCGCGACUUGUAAGCGGCACUUCACCACUGACGACCUCUAACUGUUCCUAAUGUUGCCUCGGCAUUAGAGACCAAAGCCUCACUUGAACUGUGAAGCCAACCCAACCCGGUCGCGGUGCCGCAGUCUUCCGAAAGCAACGCUCAGUGCUCGAGAAGUUGCCUUCCCGCGCGGCGUCGGGCUGCUUUGCCAGGCAGUCCGUUGGGUUGCCACUCUCCCCGGCGCAGCGGUGACUGCCAGCGACUGCCAGCCAACCGCGUGCGCCGUGGAGGAUGGCAACCCAACAUACGUGCUGCCUCCUGGUGGGUGAGCAGCCUACACUGCAAGCGAGCCGCUCAGCUCAGCGAAAGGUGUAGUUGUGUUGGUUGGUGAAACAGAGAACAGAGGCCAUUGUUGUCGAACUGCAGGGCUGCCCAGGACGGCAUCUCCGGGCGGGCAAAAUCGCAAACAAUCACGAGAUUGGCAACGGUGUGUAAGCGCGUCUCUGCAGGUGUUUCCUGUUGUAAAACUUGAAUAAAUUCCAAGGCAAAAUUCAUUUUUGCACGAAA